AUGGGUAAAGCUAGUAGAGAUCUUUUCGGCGGCGUAGCAACUGGGAGCAGGAAGCGACCUGCGAAGUUCAUGCAUAAUGGCUUUGGCGGCGAGACUGCUGUCGACGAUGAUGUUUCUGAAUACAACGAUGAUAAUCCCGAUAACAAAUUGGAAUAUCGGGCGAUCUUGACAGCUUCUAUGGCACUGAGAGAGAGACGAUUCCUUUUGUACUAA